AGCCUCCAAACGACCAUACCCUUAAUGACCAUUGGUAAUCUUAAUCUGCUCUUCUUACAUUCAUCUAAUGGGUUUCAAUGUUGGAUGGAUGUUCCUCGGGUUUGCAUAAGAAUGCAUUUUAGAAGUGUGGAAUUGUGUUAUCGCCGUUGGUUUUACAAAUCACAUUCAAGGCAUUUAGUUUGCGUAAGUUGUUUCCAACAAAUUACAAAUAUGCACACUACAUCCAAGAUGCUCUGUGCAAAUACGUUGCAAUCAACAAACCUAUGAAUGUCACCAAAAAUCUCUCUGUGAUUUUAUUUAUCAGGAUUUGUCUUCAUCAAAAAUCACUAUUCACAUUCACAGGCACAAAUAGAUAACUUUAAAACCAGUCUAGAGUACAAAAAGGGACUGUGGGAGAUCUAGAUUGAAUAACAAUGCACAUUUCAGAUGUUUUUAUAAUCACACAGUGUCAAUGGCAAUUCUACCCACUGCCAAUCUCAAUCUCAAUCUCACAACAUUAUGUAGAGGGGGUCAGUUGAAGGAGGCGCUACACAUUCUCCUUGCUACCCGCAACCCACCUGUAGCCCCUUCUACAUAUCUGCAACUAUUGCAGGCCUGCAUUUUCAAGAAAGCCCUUUCACAGGGUAAGAAAGUCCAUUCCCACAUUACACAUAUGGGAUUCGCAUUUGCUAGAAGCACUUUUUUUCAGAACAAUCUGAUAAACAUGUACUUCAAGUGUGAUAGUUUGGUUAAUGCACGUAAAGUGUUUGACGAAAUGACUGAGCGAGACGUUGUCUCAUGGAAUAUCAUAAUUGCAGCUAAUGUAAGACAUGGGUUUUCUCAGGAAGCAUUGACACUAUUUCACCAAAUGCAACAAGCGAGUGUUCAACCUGAUCAGUUCACCUUUGCGAGCGUACUCCCAGCCUGUGCUAAAAUACGAGGUUUGGAACAGGGUAUGGAUGUCCAUCAAAUUAUAGUGGAGAACGGUUUUUUGUCAGAUGUUGUAGCCGUAAGUGCCCUGGUAGACAUGUAUGCAAAAUGUGGAAGCAUACACAAGGCGCGUGAGCUGUUUGACAAAAUCCCUCAAAGAGAUGUGGUCUCAUGGAAUGGUAUGAUUGCAGGAUAUGCACAAAGUGGGGUUGUUGAAAAGGCCUUGGAAAUGUUUAAGCAAAUGCAAUCUUCAGGUGUAAAACCAGACUCCACAACCUUUUCCAGCGUCCUCCUAGCCUGUGCGAAAAUGGGAGCCCUAGAACAGGGUGUGCUCGUCCAUCAGAGUAUAAUUGAAAACGGUUCUUUGUCAGAUGUUAUAGUUGCAAGUGCCCUGGUAGAUAUGUAUGCAAAAUGCGGAAGCAUGGACAGCGCAUGUGAACUGUUUGAAAAAAUGUCUCAGAGAGAUGUGAUUGCGUGGACUGCAAUGAUAGUAGGAUAUGCACAAAAUGGGUUUGUUGAAAAAGCCUUGAAAACUUUUAAGCAAAUGCAAUUGGCUGGUGUAAAGCCCGAUUCCACAACCUUUGCCAGCAUCCUCCCUGCAUGUGCUAAAAUAGGAGCAUUGGAACAGGGUAUGGACAUCCAUCAAUGUAUAAUCGAAAAUGGAUUUUUGUCAGAUACCGUUGUUGCAACUGCCCUUGGAGACAUGUAUGCAAAAUGCGGAAACAUACACAAGGCACGUAAACUGUUUGACGAAAUGCCUAACAAAAAUCUGGUUUCGUGGACUGCAAUGAUUGCAGGAUAUGCACAAAAUGGAUUUUGCAUGGAUGCUAUUAAACUCUUUGAACUAAUGAAGAACUCUGGAACAUACCCUAACGAUGUAAGCUUCGCAUGUGUUUUAUUAGCAUGCAGCCAUGCAGGUUUAGUGGAUCAGGGCUGUAAAUACUUCACUGGUAUCAGUAACUCUUAUCACAUUAUGCCUACAACGGAUCAUUAUGUGUGCAUGGUUGACCUUCUUGGCCGUGCUGGCUAUCUUGAGGUAACUCUGAAUUUUAUCAUCAAAAUGCCAAUUAAACCUGUGGUGAUUGUGUGGACAUGUUUGCUCGAUGCCUGUAAAACACACAAGAAUAUAGGAUUGGGAGUAUUUACAGCAAACCUUCUUUUUGAGCUGGAUCCUGAAAAUGCUGCGAGUUAUGUUCUUCUUGCAAACACCUAUGCAGAAGUGGGCAGGUGGGGUGAGGUUCAGAGGUUAAGGAGUUUGAUGAGAGAUAAAGGAAUAAAAAAGACACCGGGAUGUAGUUGGAUUGAAGACCGUAAAAUGGUACAUGUUUUUCGUGUAGGAGACAGGACACACCCACAAGAACAGGAAAUCUAUGCAAAGUUGGAGCAAUUAUCCUGGGAGAUGAAGGCAGCCGGGUACUUUCCAAAUUCAAGACGUAUACUGAAUGAUGUGGAGGAGGAGGAAAAAGAAUUAUUCCUCUGCCACCAUAGUGAGAAGUUGGCAAUUGCAUUUGGAUUGUUAAAUACACCCCCCGGAACAACCAUUAGAGUUGUUAAAAACCUUCGAGUAUGUAUUGACUGUCACACUGCAACAAAGUUUAUAUCCAAAAUUGUUGCAAGAGAAAUUGUUGUGAGAGAUGCAGUUCGGUUCCAUCAUUUUAAACAAGGACAAUGUUCUUGUGGGGAUUAUUGGUGAUGUUAUGUGAAGCAAGAUGGUGCAUGCUAGAUCAGUAGUGAUAAACAAGGGAGAAUAUUUUACUUCCAGUGUUGAAAAGUGCUUAUUUUGUUUUUGGAAAUUUAGACAUGCUGUUGGCUUUGUUAAAUCACAGGUAUAUUAUGCAAUGUGGAUCACUGCCUAUACAUACUGAGGGACAUUUAUUCAACACCUGUUUUUGUGCUACCAUGGACUGUUGGCUUUGUUAAAUCACAGGUAUAUUAUGCAAUGUGGAUCACUGCCUAUACAUACCGAGAGACAUUUAUUCAACACCUGUUUUUAUGCUACCAUUGAGGUGUCAUAACAUUGAACUGUUUCAAGGAAUCUGAGCAUAUCUCGAGAGGAAAUCCGGACGGGGUGGAGAAAGAGAAAAAGCAAAAGGAGAUGAAUGCUUGAAGGAAAUCGAAAGACAUUUAAGGAAAUGCCAAAGGAAUAUUUAUAAUAAUCGAAUUUUUGGAAAUAAGAGCAUCUCUUAAUAAUUCUUUAUUUUUUCAUUUUAUAAAAGGAAAUUGAAAAUGUUCUUAUCUUAUAUUUAAGCAUGUUGAAUUUUAUGUUCACUAAGCAUUUGUAACAUAUAAGGAAAGCAUCUAGUUUGAUUAUGAUAUGAUACAAACUUGUAAUGUUUCUCACAUUUCUGACACCUUUCAUUAUGUUCAAGCAAAAGGAGAUGAAUGUUUG